GGAGCAGUUGUGUGUCUCACCCUCGAAUACAUUUGAUCGAACGUGAGAGUAAAUGAGACCGACAGUGUGGGUAGAAAGAGGCAGAAGUCGGGUGCUCCUGGGGACAGAGGAAGAAAGAGAGUGAAGAAUAGAAGGCUGGGCGUGAGAAAGAGGUGGUAAAGACAUCAGAGCACGGUGAGCGACUGAGCGUCGUCGUCGUGAGCCUGCUGAAACACAUCGAGUGCUAGUGGCGCGGCCCCGGUGUGUGCUCUGCUGUGUGUUGUGUCGUCACGGUUAGGAUUUAUUAACAAUAACAAUAGUAAUACUAACUCUUAUAAUUUGCAAGUUAAAAAUAAUAUUUGUAUUAUUAAUAACAAUAUUAUUAUCGACUGCUUUAUUGUUUCAGUGGUAUCAAUAAAGUAUAUAUUCAUUAAAUAAUAAUAUAUAUUUGUGUGGGUGAAUAGUGUGCGUGGUCAUAUAGGGCCUCUUCAAAAUGGCAGACAGGCGGCCCGCGGAGGAAGCCGCGGCCACCGACCUGAGUGACGAUAGUCGCGUGCUUCGUGAACGACACAAAAAACGCGUGGUAGAAAAUCAUCAAUUGAUGAUGAUGACGACGACGACGAUGAAGACUGUGACGACAAAUUGUUCAAGUAAUAAUAAUAUCUGCAGUGGUUUUGGUUCUGGUUCUGGUUCUGGUUCUAGUUCUGGUGGUUGUAGUGAUACAACGUCGGUGUUAUUUGAUGUAAAUAAUCAUCCCCAUUAUCAUCAUCACAAUAAUUCUUCACGAUUUAUUGUUGAUACAACACGACCCAAUGGUAGUGAUAACGCUAGUUAUUGUCAUAAUUAUAAACAUAAUAAUAAUAUUAAUAAUAAUAAUGUUAAUCUUGAAAAUAACGGGAAUUUUGAUAAAAUUAUAUCAAAGUUUGUUAGUAAUAAAAGUGGUAAUAAUGUGUGGGAAAAUUGUGAUGUGGUUGAUGAUGAUGGUGACGGUGAUGGUGAAGAUGAGGAGGAAGACGAUGAUGAUGAUGAUGAUGAUGAUGAUGAUGAUGAUGAUGAGGAUGAGGAUGAGGAUGAUGAUGAAGAUGAUGAUGAAGACGAAGAAGAUGUACCGGAAAAUAAAUUAAAACGAAAUAAUGGAGUAAAAAAUGGUAAGAGUGUUAAUAGAAAGGCUAACAACAAGGCUGGGUUAUUGAAAAAGUCAACAAUAAUACAAAAGGAGCAGCGUAUUAGAGGUAUGGUUUUGGAGCAAAGUGUGACUGAUGAAAAUAGUAUUGAUGAUAUUGUGGUUUUAGUUAAAUACGGAGCAUCUGGAGAUUGUGAAACAGAUGGGAAUAGAGAGCCAACUUCGAUUUCAACUACGGUUGUAGAUGCUGCUGCGGCUGCUGUCGCUGUUUCAGCUAUCCCUGAAACUGUUAAAGAUUUGCACCAGCACAAGCAUAAUAACCAGCAGCAGUCGAAAAAAUCCGUGUCGAGUGAUGUCGAGGUUGUUGCUAGGUUCGGCAGUCCUUUUAAGGGACAGAUUAGAGCUGCUGAAGACACCCUCGUUGGACCCUGCGGCAAGAAGCGAUGCGCCGAUCGAUACGACAGUUCUGAGAGCUCCGACAGUGGAGUCGCAGUAUCUUGUGGAGAAUGCAGUAGUAGCGGAACAAGUGACAUUACAGAACCAGGGUCACCAUGCAGCACGAGUAGCGAUGAGGGCGUCGCAAUUCACGGUAAAGCACCAAGUCCAUUGCCAUCAAUACCCAAACUGGCACCACAGACAUCUCCCCUUCUAAAUGGGACCAGGCCCCAGUGGCCCUGGACCCCGCCGUUAGCAGAUACUGCCUGUUCGACCUACAAACGACUUAAUAGCGAACCUGAAAUAGGAACACUGCCAAAAGUAACUGCCGCUGACCCCACGGUCCGUAGUACUAAGACAUCUAAUAAACUUCAACAUAAUCAUCACCAACAACACGAACUACAGGGAAAAAUAACCGAGUACUUCAAGACUCAAAUUAAACCCCAACAGUCCAAGACAAAGAAAAAUUCAGCAGACAUGUCAGUAAUGGUAGCAAAAAAUUCCCCGGAAUUCCGUAGGCCACUCACGGUUCAACGUAAUAAAGGAGGCUUAGCAAAGUACCUGGGUGUGGUUACGCCAAACAGUAGAUCUGUUACUAAUGACUGGGAUGUUAAAUCAAUGGGAAUUCCAUCCUCGCAAUUACCGGGUAAUAAAAAAUUAUCAUCAGUAACACCCCGAGUCAGUGUAAUGAAAUUAGACAAAUUGUUUGUCAACAAAACAUUACCCGGAUUGCCGAUAUCAAGCGACGUGUUGUCGAGUAUUCCUGGCUGUAAGAUCUCAUCGCUAAGACUGACUGGUGAAGCAAGUCCUAAACCUAGUGGUGAAUCACCUCCAUCAACACCUACACCCACUUUAGAAGCCAGUGAACCACUAAACGUCGGCUUUGAUAAUAAAAUAAUUAAACCAAUAGUUAAUGAUAAUAAGAACUCUACGGGAACCUGUACCACCGUUAACAAUAAUAAUUGUAAUCAAACUGUUACGAGAUCUCUUAAUAAUAAUAUUAUUAUUAACAGUAGUAGCAAUAAUAAUAUCAAUAACAAUAAUAGUACCGGCAACGGCAUAAGUAACAUCAUCAACACCAAUAUUGUUAGUAUUAGUAAUAAUAAUGAUACUGCUAAUAACAAUAAUAAUAAUAACAAUAACAAUAAUAAUAAUAAUAGUGAUGCAAUUAAUAACAAUAAUAAUCAUCAAGAAAUAAGUAUUUUACGAUCAACGCAGCCGAGUUUAUUAGAAAUUUUUGAGAGUAAAAUCGAACCGACGAUAGUGAGGUCUGUAAAAGAAGACGAUGAAGAAGAAGAAGAGGAAGAGGAAGAUUCAUCGAGAAGCAGCGAAUCAAAGCCAUCUAGUUCACCGAUUCUUUGUGAGCCGACUACCAUAAGAUUUCCAGCCAGAGCGCCGACUAAAAAUGGCGCACGAGCAGCUGAUAGCGGAAUUUGUCGAUGGGACAAGUGUGAAGCUAACUUUGAAUGCAGCGGCGCUCUACUCGAACAUUUACAGACGGCGCACAUCAACACACAAACUGGCGGAGAUAAUUUUGUAUGCAAUUGGCAAGGUUGUAAAGUUCAAGGUAGAACUUCCUGUUCGAGAAGAUGGUUAGAGAGGCAUGUUCUUUCUCAUGGUGGCAAUAAACCGUUUAGGUGCAUCGUCGACGGAUGUGGCAACAGAUUUAGCUCACAGAUCGCUUUAGAAAGACACGUAAAUAAUCAUUUCAAUCAGCCUGAAACGAGUAGCAGUAGCAGCAGACGAAGUUGUGAAAACGGUGGUAAAUUAGUUCGGAGGAAUGGAAAGAAGUUGAGAUACAGGAGGCAGCCGUGGUCAGCGAGGUUAUUUGAUUACUUCGACAACGGAGUGAUGGAGGGCCUUCAACAUAGAUUAUUAGAAUUAGCCAAGUCAAGAACUCAAGGUCAACUGGCAAGCACACCUGGAAACUCAAUGACCCUAACUAGUCAAGUCUUAGCUAAGAGAGUUGAAACGGACGGAAAAACAAGAGUGCUGUUACGUUGGUAUCCUCAGGACAUUGCGCCAGACGAGUGGGUCCUUGAGUCAGAAGUAAUAAACACAAAACACAUAGAUAUACGUAAAGCAACAACUACCUCGAUAGACGAGGUAAGUUUGGUUUUAUAUCCUGCGGUACAAGGAGGAACACCACCAGCAACACGAGUAAAACAACGCCGAAAACCGGUUAAAAAUUCGUGAUAAUAUCAAAUAAACUUAUAAAUGAAUAAAUAUUAUAUAUAUAGAUACAGAUUUAUAUAUAUAAAUAAGAAAUAUAAAUAAGGAAGAUAAAUAACGUCUCACGCCUUAAGCUAGAGCUAAGACACAUCACGUAUAGAAAAGCUAAAGAAAUAAUUAAUGACUGAAUGACGAAAAAAUUCUUUUUUAUUUACGAUGAUGACUCAUAACUGCCAGAUUAAUUUGCAUUUACUCAAUUGCAAUUAAAUAAAUGCAGAUUAAUUUUUUGAAUCUUAUUAUAUGCGCUAUUUAUAUACACAACAGAAGACAAAUAAAAUAAUUUAGAACAAAUUUCUGAGGAACAUCAGUGGAACACACAGUGGAGUAAAUGGAACCAAGCAUCUUAAGAAAAUAAAUAAUCAUCUGAAAGAAAAUCAAGAUCGAAAUCAAGAUCAUGACCAAAAUCAAGACCAAGACCAAGAUCAAGACCAAGAGGAUUAAGAAGAAGAAAUUAAUUACGACGGAUAAAUCUCAUAUUCUAAAUGUCAAAUUGCAAUUACAUUAGCACUCUAAGGUCCUAAUUAUAUAAAUAUUAUAUAAAUUUGGGCUGUAAAUAUCUAUGUGAGGUUGAGUGAGAAUUAAUCAAUGUUCUAUUAGGUUAUAAAAUAUUUAUAAAUUAAAAUUAAAUAUGUAAUUUAAAGAACCUUAGACAUUGAUUUGAAUUCUCAGUUUAGUCUGUGAUUCAAUCCAUAGCCUCAGGUAAGUCUAGAAGUGUCAAUUUGUAUUUGGUCCGAAUAAGUGCCUCACUGUUGUGGAUCGUGGCGUUCGUUAAAACUUAAUUAAACUUAACUGACUAUUAAGUUAAGUUAAGAUAAAAUGAAAAUAAAAAUAAACUGUCUAUUUAAUAGAAAAUUGACAGUAUUUAAUAAUAACAGUUAAUAAUAAAAGUAAAGAAAGGAUGAAUGGCUAAAAAAACGUGGACAGUUUGUUUCGAAUUAUACCGAUAAUUAAAUGUUAAUCAUUAGCAUAUAAUUAUAGUACACAAAAAUAAUCACUCUGGUGGCCUUAUGUACCAAUUGUUAAUUAACAAAAAAAUAAUUAUUAUCUCAGACACUUCUAGACUUAUGUGCUAAUUUUUUCUUAUACACUGAAUCGAUUUAUUUUAAAAUUGACGAAGUUUGUACUUCCUAAAAUCUACGUCCUAAAUGGCUUUUGAAUUUAAUUAAGAGAAUUAAUCACACAGACACACACGUACACUUAUACACAAGUCAUGGAAAAUUUGACUUAAAAAGUAAUGAAUGUGAAAUUUAUUUUCUGAUUGGUCAUUAUCAGUUUAUUUAAAGAUAAAUAAUUGGUAAAAGUGAACUUAGUUUGAGGCUGUUAAAUACGAGAUUUUUUUUUUUAGUUAAAUUCAAAGUUCAAGUUAUUUAUCAAUUAUUGAUUUUUACUCCAUUAGUGUUCUCUGAUAUUUAUUUAAUGUUUAUUAAAAAUCUUGUACAGCAUAGCACAGCAGAUGUGAUUUUUAUUGACAUUUAAAUUGUUUAAUUUUUUUUUUUUUUUAAUUAUUAUAGUUAUAAAUAAGUAAAUUAAUAUGAAAUUUUAGUUCAAUUUUCACUGCCUAAUUUGAAACUUGUGAUAAACAUAGUUACCGAUUACAUAAUUUGCUCAAUAACGAUUGAAUUUUUAAAAGGUAUAUUGUUUUUUUUCUUUUUUUAAAUUUUUAAUGAUUGAGUUUUUUUUAAAUAAACUGCCCGUUAUGCUGUACGAAUACUAAAAAAAAAUAUAAAAUGAGCUGAUACCUCUUAAAAGGGGUUAGAAAUAUACGAAGGCUGUGUUUAAAUUUUUCCACGCCUCAAGCUGGGGUUAAAAAAGGACAAGUCAUGAGUUUAAUACGAAUGUUUAAUAAAAUAAAAAUUGUAAAAAAGAAGAAAAUGAUUGAUUGAGUUUACAAAUUGGUAAAUUAUCAUUUAUUCCAAGAACGUAGCCUUCUUAUUAUAUAUGAAUAUAUAUUAGUAGUAGCAAUUAAUUAAAAUUAAUCGAUGAAUUUAAUAAACAAUAUUAUUUUAUUGUAAAUUUAGUGAGGUUGCGUACGUUCUUGGACAGUGAGGAUAGUUAUUACGACAAUGUACACAUAUGUAGUUCGGUUACUUGUAAGAAUUACUUGUAAAUUGUGAGUCGGAGCUAAGAUUAGGAAUUUACGAAAAGAUAUAGAGUGAGUAAUAAGAAUAAGUAUAAGAGUAAGGAUUAAGUAUAAAAAAUU